CGGGGCGAGAACCCUAACCUCCCCGGCGCCUACUUAGCCUCGACCGGGUGCUCGGCCGGCAGGCUGCCACACGUUGGCCUGUCCCAUCCACUGGCUUGCCAUCAGCCUGGCCUGUCCGGGCAUCACACGGAGCAGCAGGUGCAAUUGGGCCACGCCGCGGCGGCGGCUGCAGCCGCAGCCUCCAUGGGAAUGGAGUCCUCGGAGCUGGUCGCGGUCGCCCAUUACCAGGCGCAACAGCUUCAGCGGCAAUUGUUGGCCGAGCAGUCGGGUCCGGGCGGCAUGUUGCCGCCGGCUGCUCAGCCUACUGGUGGAGGCUUGACGCAGUCGCUACAGCAGCCGCAGCAAGCUCAGUCUCAGGGCCAAGAUCCGCUGCAAAGCCUGAUGCAACAGCUCAUCUGUUUGCAACAGAUCGAAUACUUUUUCGCACAGCGUGGUCACAAGUGAAAACUCGAUUCGUCGCCGAGCGAGAGGGGAUUGAUCGCGCGAGGAGGAGCGUGUGAUCGGUUGUUUCCUCUUUUUUCCUCUUCCUUUUUGGGGGGAGGGGAGCUGGGAGUGACCAACAAUUUCUCCCCGAACUCUCGCUUCGGGAACACCAACGGACUCUCCGUGAAAACGAAGAAAAGUGGACAAGUGCGCGCCGCUCGCGUUUACAUCGACCCGUUUAGACGACGACUUCGUUCACGAGCAUGACGAUACUUUCUUAACGCGUGUUUUUUGUGAUCCACUCUGUUCGAGAUACCGAGCUGUUACUGAUUCGAGGCUGAGAAUGGACGCGCAGUUUUCCGUUCGAGGUUUCCCCCGAUACGCGGGCUACAUAAACAGGUAUAUAUGCACGCAAAAGAAUAUACGUAUAUAUGUAUGUACAUACAUGUAUAUGUACAACCACAGACGCGCAAAGAAAAACUUAUUGGUUGGUCGAUCCUCGAAUGGAGAAAGGGGAGGUGCGCGGUGUCUCCGAAUUCGUCGAGCUGCAAAGGAGGCAGCCGAUCAAAUCAAAACGCAUCCGCGUGGCAUUUCGAUGUCAGAACGAUCCGAAAUACCAUUAGCGAGAAUCGUGAAACCCGGCCCCCCUUGGUCGAGAUUAUGCAAAGGGGGGGCCGGUCGUUUAGCGUGUGAUAAAACAUUAAUGUCAAAUGAAACAAAGUAUAUAAGAAAAUAAAGGGAAUAGGAAAGGGGAGGAUGAUUGGACUGUCGGUGGUGAAACGAAAUGGAAGAGGCAGAAGAAGAAGUAGAAGAGGAAGAAGAAGAAGACGAAGAAGAAGAAGAAGAAGAGGAGAAACACAUGAUAAAAUAAUGGGGGAUGAUGAUAAAAGUUGAACGUAAUACGGUACGCCGCGCACGGCAGGGACGAUCGUUCGCUCUGGUGCGAGCUGUGAAUGAAUCUCUAUCCGUCAACAGUAUUGAUAUAAUUAAUAGAAUAAAUGAAUAUAAAAUAUUGUAAGAGGUAUAUCGUAAGUACGUAUUGUGCAAGCGUAUGAUGCGAGAUAUAGGAGAGAGCGAAAGAAUGUAUGUGUAUGUGUGUGUGUAUGCGUGCGUACGUGUGAGAGAGAGAGAGCAAGAGUGAUGUGAUACAUCGAAUUGGAUGACGAGAGGGUGUGGGUGUGUAAGAGACCGGAUUAUCUCUUUUUAGAUUCGAAAUGAAUUUUUAAGCGCGGAGCCCGAUCGAACGCCAACGCACAGGCCCUGAUUGCCCCUGCGGACAACAACAAUCUUUCGAACAUUUUAUCCUUUUUAUUGUUGCUAUUCUUUACCUCGAUGACGAGAAAGAUGACGAGACGAGUCCGAGAAAGAUGGCCAAUGUUUUAAUUUUCCAAUGUGAACGUUCGACACACGUCUAUAUAUUGUUUCUUUCUUUCUUUGAAAAAAGAAAAAAAAGAAGAAGAGAAAAGAAAGGAAAGAAAAAGGAGAAGUAUAGAGCGAGAGGGAUGCUCUAAAAAAAAAAAAAUCAAUUCUCGUUUUCUUCUUCGAGCGCGCAUACUCUCUCUCGCUGUUUAUCGUUUCACGAUAUUCGUCGGUUUGUCACACGCGCGAUACACCCAGCAUAGCGCGUAUCCACGUCCAAUCAUUGUGUGACCCUCGUGAAGUAUAAUUUUCACGAGUUUUUCUAUACGGUGUGCAUGUGCUUUUUUUUUUCGUCGAAUGUAAUUGUAUAAAGAGCAACGUUUUUUCGAGGACAAAAUUUCGCGAGACAAUUAUCGUCGUCGACGAUAAUCUUUAAAUUUUGACUUUUCACGAGAUCGAACGAGAAUAUGACCGUGUAUAUGAAACCUCCUUUCGAAAAUGGGCGGCGAGGAAAAAGAAAGAAAGAAAGAAAGAAAAAAAAGAAGAAGAAGCGAAACAUUUUAUACACGGCACGAUUGCGUACACUGUGAAUCAUUCUAGCAUUAAAGUUCCUUGCGCGUUACGUUUGUACACGAUGUUCCUCAUUGUAUGCUUAUAUGUUUGUUCCUAUUUUUGUAUUAAUCUUCGUGAUUCGUUGUGUUCUCUUCCUUCGCUGUUAAGCUCGCGCCAAGUAUAACGGGGCAUUAUAUCUACCUUUUUCACUGGCGUUUUUUUUUUUUACUCGAAUCCUCGUCGCCAUAUUGAAUUCCUUUUCGAUUAAUAAACGCGAAUCUUCGAAUCUACCUUUCACGUCCUAUCUUCUGUUCUUUUUCUCUCUUUCUCUUUUUCUUUCCUCGCUAUUCAUUUUAUUCGUCAAUUCGUUCGAAUUUUCCUUCUUCUGCUUUUCGCGCGGACCACGAACGUUCACAUGAAUUUCCUGUAUUCCAUUUUUUACAACGUUUUAUCGCGCUCGAUCAUGGAAAUUUAGAAUGAUAGAUGAAAAUUAGCGUGUCCAAAUAAAGAGGAAAUUUUCGAACAUGUUCGCGUCAUGUAUAAUGUAUAAUCGUCGCUCACAAUACGCUACGCUUAAUUGUAAGAAGAGAACAUUGCUUUAGUUUUAUCGAGACGUAUAUAUUUAUUAAUUUUCUUUCUUUUUUCUUCGAUUGGUGUCACCACGAGGACAUGGUACGAGCUUUGCUUGCGAUUCCGAUUUUCGAAACUGUCGUCGAUUCCAAACUGAUUCGAAUGAUUAUGCGUAUUUCUUUUUUUUUUUUAUCAUUAGUCGACGUUCUUUCGUGGCUCGAUUCCUCUUGCGAAAUCAUUGCGAUAUUUUGCCUAUCCGCUUCGUUGUUAUCGUUCGAUUUGAAGAUUAUUCCAGCAUCAAAUUGAGUAAUAUCGAUGAACGGAGUUAAACCAGACCACUCUCGUAAACCGCGCAAUGAUACAAUUCGUUUCAAAAUUGAAAAGAUAUCCUCAAAAAAAAAAAUUCAGAGAAAUUCGAGCCACUAAGCGUCGUCGACACGUUUCAACACUUUAAGAUACGCGGGGUCCCUAGGUUCGGAGUGACUCGGAAAAAUUCGGGCGGGCUCGGGCGAGAUCGCGAUAUCUCAUUGCUCCUCCGAUCUCGCCCGAAUUUUCCCGACUCGCUUCCAUUUUCGCGAACUCUCCCGACGUUGCCCGAAAUCUUCCGACCCGCCGCGAAAUUCAAACGAUCAUCUCACCAUCCGGGAUAAUAAACCGUAAGAUUUGGCCAACGAGGUGGUAAAAAAAAAUGUUACGAUUAAAAUUAAACAAAGAAAAAAAUAAAUAAAUAAAAUAAAAUAAAAAUUUCGCGGAAUCUCAUCUCAUCUCGGAUCCCGUGAAAGAGGGUCGGAACAUCGACGAACGUGUGCUCGUCAGCUUCGAAACAAAGGGAUCCACGAAGAAUAAUAUAGAGAUAGGGGAGAGGGCACGAACGUCGGCGUUUCAUCACGUCCAUGAACUCUGCGCUUUCACUGAUGGUUUCACUCGAGAUGAACGGAUUUUUGCCGGAUUCGAUUUUUGGUGGACGGUAGAAACUUUUUUUCCCUCCCCCGAGAAUAUGUACAAAGUCAUCGUAUUACACGCAUUGUCACACACACACACACGCACACGCACAUAUAUAUACACAUACACACAUUCAAAUUUACCACAGGAGAGUCAGUCCGUGUACACACAGUCGUUCUCCUUCCCGGUACGUUUUGUUUCAAACAAGGUGGGGGAAUGAAAAAAGGAGAAAAAAACGGUGCUUUGCGAAAUUUCCAAAAAAACCAAAAUGGCGGAGUGACGAGUUCAAUGUUUGUACUACUCUUUCGGCUAUGCGCGGGGACGAUUGCUCGAAGGAAAGAGAAGCGCGAGUCGUCCAAUUAGGCGCAAUACCAUGUAACACGUACACAGAGACCACACAUUUAACGACUACGAAUCAUUGAAUUAGAUAGAUAAGUUACGCGUGAUGCCAGUACAGUCCCACGGCGUGAGAGUGUGCGAAGAGAGAGAGAAAGGAAGGAAGGGGGGAAAAAAAAAAGAAGAGAAAAGAGAAACGAAAAGAGAGUGCGGUGUUUCUUCUAAAAAAAUAUAUAUAUAUAUAUAUAUAAAAAAGUAAAAAAAAAAAAAUCGGAAAAUUCGAGCGGUAUGCCUGACUUCCACUGCGACUUUUCACUGUUCUAUUAUUCGGGAGGAGAAACAUUGUGGGAAGGAAACAUUGUGCGAGCGAUUUGAUUUGCGUGUGGCUGCGUCGCGAACGAGAGACAGAAUGAAAUAAUAAAUCGCGCAUGCGAGUGUGAGAGGGAGAGGUGUUCUUUCUUUUUUUUUCUGGGGGCGAGAAAGUAGGAUUAAAUGCAACCGAUUAAUUUCGACACGAGCAUGCGGUGGGUUUUAGGAUAAAUGAUCUAUUGACAAAUGUUGUAUAUUAUUACGAAUUAUAAUGACACUAUUAUAAUUAAUUAAUUAACUAAUUAAUUAAUUAUUAUACCCUAAUAACGUGAAUUGAAUUAAAAGAAAAUGAAAAAAAAAAAAUAUACAAAGCGACAGAAGACAGAAAGCGGAAAGAAUGAAAUAUAUACGCGAGAGUACGCGAGAGAUGGGUAAAUAGGAAGAUGAAAAGGGGGAAAAAAAAUAAAAUAAAUAAAUAAAUGAAUAAAAAAAAAUAAAACAAAUUUUAAAUUGUUUGCAAAGCACACACCGGAGGAGAGCCGGAGGGGAUAACGAGCCGAGAUUUUCAAGGUUUCGAGAUGAAACGCGGGCCGAUCGGAUUAGCCUCGUUAUCGUGUUGUCGGAUGAAAAAAAAAAAGGAGAAACGAGAAUAAAGGAAGUCGAAACGAGGAAGUGUUCUGGCGCUGGCGAGACCGAGGAAAAGGACUGCUUAUGCUUUGCCAACGAGAAGUGCAUCGACCAACUUUCCAACGAAAAUAAAAUCAUUUUCUUCUGUCGAGUUUCUCUCGCUUUCGUACCGCGACCAUUACACGCGAACCCUGUACAUUCUUCGACUUUGUAAAUUUUUCUGCUAGUAAACGAAUUCGGAUUUUA